GUGAUGAAGAAAAGAAAUCCAAUGAGUUAAUGCCUCCUAAAGCUAAUUCUAGACUUCAAAGAUCUAACCUCGCUGAGAGAUCUCUUCUCAAUGAAGAAGAGAAGGUCUAUCUCAACGUCCAGAGAGCUUACAGGUUUGGGAUUGUCAUCCUCGCUAUUGCUAAUUUUAUUGCAUCUUGGAUAGCUUCUUCAGGGAUAUCCUCCUAUACUGCCUCGUUAAGAGAUUUGGAAGAAAACUGGAGCCAGCGACCAAUAGUUGAUAUCCAGGCUGUUCAGGGUACUUGUCCUCAAGGAUACGAGCCUUUGAUCCAAGAUGAAUGGCCAGGCACCAUUGGUGGCUGAGAUUGUAGUGACACUUGGGCCUUUUACUACUCAGACCUUGACAGAGGCUAUUGUAGCCGCAAUCAGACAAGAGUUGGAUGCAAACAUGUUAAUGAGAGACCUCCAGUCCCAUUGACUACAUUCUAUUCAUAUAAGAUCUGAGCUAAAAGAGAAGGAGAGCCAUUUUAUAAAGCUGAAAGACCUUCCAGCCACUUUGGGGAUAGUUCUUGUCCUUACGGAUACCAAUCCUGUGGAAAUGGAGAUGCUAAAGAAAGAUACUGAGUAAAAGAAGGCUCAUUAUGCCCAGUUAAUAAUAUAAAGAUAGGAAAAAGCUCAUAUGAGUUCUCUGAUGACUAUAAGACAAUACAACUUGACUCAGAAGUUGUCCUUGGGUUUACUAAUACUUCCAAUAGCCUUGCAAUAUCAAGAAUCAACAUUGCAGAAGGAAACAUCUGUGCUGAUCCUGAAGAGUCUGAUGUGACAGAAGGGAGGAAAAUUUAUUUGCUUUCUGAAAGAUCUUCCUCUCAAUGUUCCAACAAGAUUGCUGGAGAGACCAUAGAUCCAAGAUACGAAGAACUUGGAAUUAUUAGAGAAGACAGGCUUUACCAAGAUAAUGGUGUUACUAAGGAGACUCAAGGUUUGCCGAAUUACCCUACUGAAGAUUCAGAGAAUUACUAUUGGAACCUCUACCAAAACAGGUUCUUCCAAUGGCAUCCUGAUUGUGAUGGAGCUGCAGGGUUAAGCAAAGUUGAUAUUAUCUCUUUGAUCGAUAAUUCUAUGGAUGUUCCUGGGUCCCUAUCCACCGUAUUCUGGCAAUGCUUAAUCUUUCUCUGUAUUGUCCUUGCUCUUUUACUGAUCUACUUCUGUGUUUCAGCUCCUACAAACAAAAGCGAAGUAGAUUGCUUGAAGAUCUUUGAGUACGUUUCUGUCUUCACCAAACUCUGUCUCAUUAUCAUUGUUAUUUACUACUGGUUCUCUACUAUCUCUACAAUCAAUUCAUUCUCCUCUGUUGUAUAUCAAAUUGGAGUCUCCCAGUGCUCGGAUGAGUUCACCGAUAAGAUCUUUAUGAGCUAUAGCACUACUCUGGGCUCAUCAAAUGGAAAGAACUACUUCUCACUUGUGACAUCGAUAAUUGUUCUCCUUACAUGUGGAGCAUACGCAGUUUUGCUAUUCAUCGGAAAAUUCAAUGCAUUCUUCAGACCAGUCAACAAACCCCACAAAGCCGACUACUCCAUCGUCGAGUUACAAAACGCUAACUCCUCCUCCUCCAGUGACUAACCACCAUAUCCCCAAUCACUCACCUAAAAUUCCACCAAAAUUCUCUCCUAUC